AUGUCGCAGGAUGAAGCGGACCCAGUCCGCGAUUCUUGCUCGUUGACUGGGCAUUCUGGUUUGGUCAUUGGUGAUAUCCUCUAUAUACUAGGUGGCCGAAUGAUAUAUAACUGGGAAAUAGGCUGGGGGGGUUAUGGUCAAAACCCUUAUCUUCGAGUUCUUGACCUAACAUCUACUGUCCGUAUGCAAGAUAUCGGGGAUCAAAUCGAGGUUGUCAAGUCCAAAAUACAACCGUUUAAUUGGGAUGGUGAAAUAUUACCCGACACUCGCUCUCCGAUGUUUUGGCUCGACACUGCUGUGAAUAAAGCAUAUUUGGCAUUGGGCGCUUACAUGAAUAUCGAAAACACAUCCUAUAUUGGCGGCCGCGAGUGGAAUCCUGGAAAACCUGGAAAACUGUGGACAGCAGAUGUGGCGGAACGCAACAUUCUCACGAAUUGGACCGAGUCGGACCUUAAAAUCAAUGGAAGAGAUGGAAGCUUGGUAGGGACUGCUGCAAGUUGGUUCGACGAGGAAUCGAGGAUGGGAUAUGCCUUCGGUGGGGCUUAUAUUGAGAGCUCAGAGUUCGCCGAGCCCGUAAACCAGCUGCUGACAUUCAAUGCCAGGACCGGGACCUGGAAGAACGAGAGCACACCAUAUUCACAGACUGCCUCGGGAUGGAUGCACGGUAUAAAACUUGAGGGAAGGACGGUUUUACUUGCAGGUAUGGGGGUUACAAACGGCCAGCAAGGCUCGGUCGAUCUGGUACGAAUAUACGACACCAAUUCGACACAAUGGUACACCCAGCGUACAAACGGUACGCCGCCUCAAAAUAGAUUUUGGUCUGGUUGCAGCAUUCUCGUCGCAUCGCAAGAUAAAUCCUCCUACCAAAUCAUUAUUUUCGGUGGUGCAAAUAACGAAGAGACAUUUGGUGAUGUUUGGGCACUGAGUAUUCCAUCUUUUACAUGGACGAAACUAUCCGACGAUAUCGACUCGAACGUGGCCGCCGCCCCACGGUAUUCACCGUCAUGUAACCUGGUGAAGAAGCACAUGAUGGUAGUAUUUGGCGGAAACAGGGUCAUCGGAGGGUCUACUUACAAUUACCCUCAGUGUGAUAAUGACGGGAAGCUGGCCUUCUUUUUUGACUUAAAUUUGUUGGAGUGGGCUAGUGUGGUCAGUGAAGAGGAACCCGAGGAGUAUAGAGUACCGGAAAUGAUUUACGAGACUAUCGGUGGCAAUGCAAAUGGAGGAGCUACAUUAACACAACCUCCCGGUGGCUUCAACCAAGCCGGUAUGUCGACAGUCUUCGCAGCAUUCGCAUCUACAACAUCUACGGCUCCGGCCUCUACUACAACAUCAACCAUGGAAACGACCUCCUCUGCCCCAUCCGCAUCUUCUAGCCCCGCGCUGUCUGGUGGGGCGAUUGGUGGGAUUGUAGCCGGUGCAAUUAUAUUAAUAGCAUUGGUAGCUGUCGGGAUAUGGUUUUACCUGCGGAAACGCAGAGAACCAGAAGAACUGGCUACGCCUUCGCCGCCGCCGCCACCAACAGACCCCAAUAAAGGGUGGAUCCAGAAUCCCUCAGAACUUCAGGGUCCGUACGCCGAACCAAUAAUGGAGCUGCAUGGGAGUUAUAGUGCGGUGAAUGCCGAAUUACCGGGGAAUCAGUUCAAUCCCUAUCCACCUGUGCUUCAACACCAGCAUAUAUCACAAGGGCCAUACGAAGCACCCGCUUAG